AUGUCUGACGAAUUUGUUAUUAAGCCAGAGAGUGUUUCACCAUCUAGUAACACUAGUGAGUGGCCUUUAUUGUUGAAGGACUAUGACAAACUAUUAGUCAGAAGUGGUCAUUACACACCAAUUCCAGCUGGUGCCUCUCCUUUGAAGAGAGAUUUGAAGUCAUAUAUCAGUUCUGGUGUCAUCAAUUUGGACAAACCUUCAAACCCAUCUUCUCACGAAGUUGUUGCUUGGAUCAAGCGUAUCUUGCGUUGCGAAAAAACAGGUCAUUCUGGUACUUUAGAUCCUAAAGUCACUGGUUGUUUGAUCGUCUGUGUUGACAGAGCUACCAGAUUGGUCAAGUCUCAACAAGGUGCUGGUAAAGAGUAUGUUUGUAUCGUUAGAUUGCACGAUGCCCUUAAGGACGAGAAGGAAUUGGGCAGAGGUUUAGAAAAUUUGACUGGUGCUUUGUUCCAAAGACCUCCUUUAAUUUCUGCUGUUAAGCGUCAAUUACGUGUCCGUACCAUUUAUGACUCCAACUUGAUCGAAUUUGACAACAAGAGGAACUUGGGUGUUUUCUGGGCUUCCUGUGAAGCUGGUACUUAUAUGAGAACUUUAUGUGUCCAUCUUGGUAUGCUUUUAGGUGUCGGUGGCCAUAUGCAAGAGUUGCGUCGUGUUAGAUCCGGUGCUUUGUCCGAAAACGAUAACUUGGUCACCCUACAUGAUGUUAUGGAUGCACAAUGGGUAUACGAUAACACCAGGGAUGAAUCCUACCUAAGAAAGAUCAUUCAACCAUUAGAAACUCUAUUAGUCGGUUACAAAAGAAUUGUUGUCAAAGAUUCUGCUGUUAACGCUGUUUGUUACGGUGCCAAGUUGAUGAUUCCAGGUCUACUUCGUUAUGAGGAAGGUAUUGAAUUAUAUGACGAAGUUGUAUUAAUCACCACCAAGGGUGAGGCCAUUGCAGUUGCCAUUGCUCAAAUGUCUACUGUCGAUUUAGCUACUUGUGACCACGGAGUUGUUGCCAAGGUUAAGAGAUGUAUCAUGGAAAGAGACCUAUAUCCAAGAAGAUGGGGUCUUGGUCCAAUUGCCCAAAAGAAAAAACAAAUGAAGGCUGACGGUAAGCUAGACAAAUAUGGCCGUGCCAACGAAAAUACUCCAGAGACCUGGAAGAAGACUUACGUUUCAUUGGAGAAUGCUGAACCAACUACCGCCCCUGCAUCCAAAUCAGAAGAAAAACCACUGAUCAAAGAAGUAGAAAAGAAGGAAGUCGAACAGAAGGAAGAAUCAAAGGAAGAAUCAAAGACACCAGAAGAAAAGAAGGACAAGAAGGAAAAGAAGGAGAAGAAGGACAAGAAGGAGAAAAAGGAAAAGAAGGAGAAGAAGGAGAAGAAGAGAAAGGCUGACGAUGAUGAGUCUUCCGAGAAGAAGAAGAAGAAGUCAAAGAAAUAA